AAUGGCAAUACUAACUCCUCAUAAAUUCCUCACCCACCCCUCCCUCCACAUGGCCUGCCUAACCACCGACGUCUAUCAUCCAAUCUCUCAAUCUACCUUUUUUACGCACCUAACUUUUCACGGACGUCCACGUCUUCACCUCCGCCAUUGCCUUAAACCUCCAAAAUCUCCAUAUAAACCCUUUGGAUUACUAUUCGCCUCUACACUUAUAAUUGGCAAAACGACACCUUCCAAAACCAACGUCCUCAACAAAAACCGAACCCAAAUGGCUCUUACGACAGUCGCCGGAGUUCAGGUCGAGAUAGCCACGUUCCCGCCGGCGGCGACGCCUCCGGGCUCCGACAAGACUCUGUUUCUUGGCGGCGCAGGUGCGAGGGGUUUGGAGAUCCAGGGGAAAUUCGUCAAGUUCACGACGAUCGGAGUUUACCUGGAGGAUAACGCCGUUAAGUGGCUUGCCGGUAAGUGGAAGGGGAAGUCGGUGGAGGAACUGACGGAGUCCGUCGAGUUCUUUAGAGACAUCGUAACCGGCCCAUUUGAGAAGUUUACCAGGGUGACGAUGAUAUUGCCGUUAACGGGGCCACAGUAUUCGGAGAAAGUGUCGGAAAAUUGCGUGGCAAUCUGGAAAACUUUGGGGAUUUACACUGACGCAGAGGAGAAAGCCAUUGAAAAGUUCAUUGAAGUUUUUAAAGAUCAGAAUUUCCCGCCAGGAUCCUCUAUUCUCUUCACACAAUCGCCCACCGGUUCCUUAAAGAUAAGCUUUUCCAAAGAUGAAUCCAUACCAGAAAAAGAGAAUGUUGUUAUAGAAAACAAACUACUUUCGGAGGCGGUUUUGGAGUCGAUUAUUGGAAAGCUUGGAGUUUCUCCUGCUGCAAAGCAAAGCAUUGCUUCAAGGCUAGCGGAAUUGCUUAAAGAGACAAAAGACUGAUGACCUGCCCUGCAGAAAAAAUUAGAGAAAAUGUUAGGUGGAGGGAAAGUGAAACGGGACGUCUAACAAGGAAGUUGAAGUGGAAACGGAAAAAUUGUGUGAGAAAGAAAGGAGAAAUGAAAUUCCACAUGAAUACUGUGCGUUUUUUCUGGAACCUUUAUUUUUGGAUCAACGUUAAUAAGCGAAAGCAUAUUGUUUGUGUUUUUGUGUUUUUAAUCAAAUAUUGAACCCAUUAGAGUUAAUUUCAUGCAUUUUCUCGUUCAGUACUUACAAUGGAGAAGAAAUACACAAGAAACAUGACAGAUUGUGUUCUGCGAAGGGCUAUACAAUCUUUUAUUUUUUAUUU